ACCUCGAUCGCCCACACGAUUGAAUGAGAGGAUCUGAUGAAGAAGCUGCAUAUUUUUUCUAGGCGCUACAUAUCGUAGGGUCUGUCUUCCCGUGGGUCUCGAUCCAGCUAGAUUCGCAUUCUCCCAGUCCAAUAGUACAUCCUGUUUAACACAGUGCAGAGUACUUCACAUCUGAGGUAUCUGCGCUUCCAUAACAUUCUGCGUGCACAUCGCACCAUUUUGGCUACGAUCAAGUCUUUUAUUGUCAGAUUUACGUGCACCAGUGCAUAUCGAACACUUCCUUCAUUCGAGUUAACAAUAGAGCUUGUCAGAUUUACGUGCAGCAGUGCACAUCAAACACUUCCUUCAUUCGAGUUGACAAUAGAGCUUGUCAGAUUUACUUGCAGCAGUGCACAUCAAACACUUCCUUCAUUCGAGUUGACAAUAGAGCUUGUCAGAUUUACGUGCACCAGUGCACAUCAAACACUUCCUUCAUUCGAGUUAACAAUAGAGCUUGGAGUAAUCUCUGUAUCUCUCCUCUGGCACCGCGCAAGAAUUCUCACAUCUGAGAACGCACAUGCACUCAAGUUGUGGCUCUGCGACGGGAAAUUCAGUUUUGUUCGGGUGAGCCGGGCUUGCUGAUCGAGGAGAGUGCUUGCCGUAUGCCCGGUUUACAUUUCGCUUGUGUAUUCCAAGCAGCAAACGUUUCUUCCUCUGUGAGAAUGGAAGGUGCAGGUGCGUCUAUUGUCAGUCACGCUGCCGAAACAAGGGGAAUGGACUCUGCAGACGAGGAACCAGAGACGUCUCACGUGAGAGAGGCAGACGACGAUGUCAUGGUUCCCUCCGAGAUAAGGGAAAUAUACUCCGCCGACGAGGAACCAGAGACGUCUCACGUGAGCGAGACAGACGAACAGAAGCUUCCCUCCGCUGUCAUGGACCUUAUACGGCGUCUGGAAGGCGCAGGCGAGCCUUUCUUGGGGCUUCCCAAUUUAAGGUGGUCAGAGUUCUUUCCGGUGCGUGAAUUGCUCUCGACUAUCAAAGGGUGGAGAAGCGAAGUGCGCCUUCGAGUGCUGGAGGCAAUCGGCAGAUGCGAUACAUUUAUACAACUCGACAUACAAACGAUUUUUGGCGGAGAUAUAUCGAGGUUGACGGCCAGCGAGUGGGAGAGAGUUUUGCGAGGAUUCAGGUCUAGCACCCAUCUACGAGAGAUAAGAGUUGAAGAUUUGACAUGGAUUUCAGAUGAGGAAGUGGAGAGCUUGUGUUUACAUUUGGGAAUAAUUCUGAACUCCUCUAGCGUAACAGAAUUGAAAAUAGGCAAUUGCAGUUUAAGUGCGAGAUGUUUCUUGAAUCUCGCCUCAGGGUUGCGAGGAAAUUCAAAAUCUCAACUCCAGUCUUUAGAAUUACGUAGAGCAUGGGAGGACUCGAGUGCGGUGAAGCAUGUGGCUGACAUGAUCAACAGUGCUCCUCUUUUAAAAACGUUGAGUUUAAGCGGCUAUUUGAACCACAGGAACGACAUGGAUGAAGAGACUGUUCGAAUCCUGUCCCAGGCUUUGAUCCAGAGGUCAUCUUUGAAAGAAUUGGUUUUAGUUGAGGUGGAGUGGGGAGCGGCCUUGUUGCUGCAAGCUUUGGCCGGAGAGGAUAGAAACCGAUCCAUUGAACGACUUCAUCUGCAUGAUAUGGUGAGACUCGGAGACUGUUUAAGGCAAGUUCUUUCUUCCAACGCAUCAUUGAAGGAGAUGUCGUUGCACUCCUUGCGGAUGCGUCCUGAGGAAUGGCACCAGCUCGGCGAAUUCAUAAGUGACAAUGCUAGAGCUGUUCAUAUUUAUGUACAUUUUGGUUUCGACCAAAAUGUUGAAGAUAACUGGAAGUCAAUAGAAGCUCUUGCGUGUCCUGCUCGCUUUCGUGCCCGGGACCUCACGGUGGAGCUUGACCUCAAACCUCCGAGUGACCAUGAUUUUUUGUUAUCACUAAAGCUAUUAGGAAGGAUACUGCGCGGGGAAAUCAAAGCUCUAGAAUCUUUCAAUAUAUCGUUCAGUACAUGGCCUCCCUUUACGGAUAAUAGACUGGAAACUAUCCUGUCGAUGGAUGGAAAAACUGGAGAAACUUCAGUCCUGAAGAAACUGGGAUUACAUGUUAAAAACACGUACAAAGAGGACGAAGAUUUGUUUCUUUGUUUGAAGGGAGCAUGGAAGCACCUGUUUUGGUGCUUGCAAGGGAACAAAAGUCUCACUCACUUGGAUUUGUGUGGCUCCAAACUCGACGACGAGGGAUUCAGGGACCUGAUGGGGCUCCUGCAGGUGAACUUCACUCUCGAGAAAAUAGAUGUCACAGGAACCUCAUGGGAGAAGGACGGAAAGGCGGCGCAGAUAAACGAGGCCCUCAAGCGGAAGCAGGCCGAGUACAUGUCGGUGUUCACAGAAGCCGGAUUAACAUUUGGAGAUGCAAGAGCUGGUCGACUGGUCUUAUGCGGCUCUCCUAGAGCAGGCAAGACUAGAUUGCGUCAUACCCUGAUGAGGAUAGUUGAAGCAAAAAGUUGGCUAGGGAACAAAUGGGACGAAUUGAGAACAAAUGGGAUGAAAGGCAUUGAAGUGGAGUUCUUGCAAAAGAAUGACAGAAGAGAAAUCUCAAUUUGGGAUGUUGCGGGUCAACAGUACUUCUGUACUAUUCGACGUUUGCUUUUCCCUCAAAGUAGCAACUUUUGUGUUUUUCUAUUUGUGUAUAGCCCCUUCUUUCCUGAACAAUCUAGGUACAAACCAGACUCUUGUCUUAUGUCAGAGUUAGAGGAAUGGUUAAUUUUCAUCACAUCUUGCACGACGAUACAUAAUCGUCCACAGGUUCUUGUUGUGAUUUCACACAAGGAUAAAAAAUCUGGACUAUACUAUACCUCGGCUUGUUCCAUAGUGAACAAGCUCGCCAAAAGAUUUGCAAAAUUUGUACAUGUUCACCCUAUUCAACCCUGGUGUCAUGUGGAUGCUCGAAACAAGAAGCAAGUUAUUCCUCUCAAAAACAAAAUUUUUUUGAUUUUUGAGACGAUGUGGAAUGAAAAAUUCCUAGAAGUUCCACAAUUGUGUUUCCUACUGUCUUCUCUCUUGGUAACAAGACCAAGAGACAUCAAAAGUCGCCCAGUUUGGUCAUACUAUAAGUUUUUUCUCUUCUGUGCCUCCAGUUUAGCAGAGUUCAGUUCAUUCACUGAUCUCCCUAGUUAUCGCUAUAUAACAAGGGGUAUUAUAAUAGAGGAAAUGAUCUCCUAUUUGAAUGACAUUGGAUCUAUCAUAUUCAUCCCUAAUACUGAUUGCAUCAUUGUUAAUCCAAACUGGCUCAUCACUACUUUAGCUCAUCCACUAACACAGCACACCAUGUCACAUGCCUCACACACAAGCAAGGAUGGAUUUGUGAGUGAAAGUGUAUUUGCUGGGUUGAUAGAGGUGUUUCUCCGAAGCCAACCACAUGGACAGAGAGGUGUAAAUAGAGAGAUGCUUGAAAAUAUCCUUAUCAAUUUAGAUUUGUGUUUCAAGCUGGAGGAUUCUUCUCAGUAUUUCAUUCCUCUCCUUUUACCUGAGCAUGGAGGUGCGCACGUGGAGUCUAUGGCUUGGAAAACUAAGGAUGAGACCUCAAAGUUUGUCGGCAUCCGGAUUCAAUGCCAAGAUCAAAGAACAAUGUCACUGACCGCUGAUUUUUUUGCACGCUUCCAGAUGUUCAUGAUACGCAAGUUGAUAUACGAGAUGCAUGUUUCCGAGAAGAAUGUGGGCUACUCUCAAAAUUGUCUGCAACUUUUACUUGAUGGGCACGAGAUCUACGUCGAACAAGGAACGCGGAUCGAACAAGGAACGCGGAACACGUACGUGGAUGUUCUGAUGUUAUGCCCAACUUAUAGAUCAAGGUCGGAGGAUUUGCGAUACGUGAUGAAGCAUAUCGUCCAGGAGUUGAUAUCAUUUUGCGCAUCACCUAAAGGCUGUCCCGGGGUGGCGUUAGUGCUCGGUGUGAUCCAAACCUUUUGCGUGGAGAUGCUAAUUCCGAGUCAUCUGAGAGGGGCUAUUCUGAUCGAGAAUCUGAGAUCAAAAUUCAUUUGUAGCAUCAAAGACAAACUUGAGGAUAUUCCUUUGGAUUGCUUGCACUUGGAGAAUGAAGAUGGGUUGUUUGACUAUGAGCACUCUUGGCCUUUCAUUGAAGGGCACACAACAGAGAGUAUAUUUGAAAGAGCUAGGGAUUUGCUGUGGGAGAGCGAUGUGGAAGCGGUUCUGAAUGAGAUCCGACAGCACCGAAUCCAACAAUUGGAAUCAUUGCAGCAAGGUUUAAUCAACGUGAACAAUGAUUUGGUUCAUUCUCACCUUGAGUAUUUCUUUCCCUCCUUCAUACGUGAGUAUGCAAGCAUGGAAGAACAUCCUUAUGUUGUUUUGGGAGGCGCACGUGGAGGGCCGCACAUGGAGUCGAUGGCUUGGAAAACUAAGGAUGAGACUUCAAAGUUUGUCGGCAUCCGGAUUCAACGCGAAGAUGGAAGAACAAUGUCAUUGACCUCUGCUUUUUUCCCAUGCUUCCAGAUGUUCAUAAAACGCAAGUUGAUAUCGGAGAUGCAUGUUUCCAAGAAGAAGACUGUGACCUGCUCUCAAUAUUAUCUGCGAAUUUUACUUGAUGGGCACGAGAUCUACGUUGAGCAAGGAACGUCCCACAAUUACGUAGAUGUUCUGAUGUUAUGCUCGAAGCACAAAUCAAGGUUGGGGGCUCUGCAAUACAUGAUGAAGCAUAUUGUCCAGGAGGUACUUUCAUUUUACGCAUCACCCAAAGGCUGUCCCGGGGUGGCGUUAGUGCUUGGUGUGAUCCAAACACAUUGCGUGAAGGAGCUGAAGCCUAGUGUUCUGAGAAAGGCAAUUCUGAUUGAGGAGCUCAAAUCAAACUUUACUCGUAGAAUCAAUGAUAACUUGAGGAUAUUUCGUUGGAAAAAUCGCACUUAGAGAUUUUCACCUAUGAGCACGUUGAGUGGAGAUGCUGAAUCCGAGUCAUCUAAGAGCGGCAAUUCUAAUCAAGGAUCUGAGAUCAAAAUUCAUUCGUAGUAUCAAAGACAAACUGAGUAUAUUCCUUUGGAUAGCUCGCACUUGGAAAAGUAAGAUGUGUUGUUCGACUAUGAGCACUCUUGGCCCUUGAUUGAAGGGCACAUAACACAGGGUAGAGAUGCGCACGUGAAGUCGAUGACUUGGAAAACUAAGGAUGAGACCUCAAAGUUUGUGAGCAUCUGGUUUCAAUGCCAAGAUCAAAGAACAAUGUCACUGACCGCUGCUUUUUUCC